CACAGAGUAACGUGUUUCAUUUGUAAAAUGUUUAAACCGUGAUGUGGGCGGCCCGGCUGCUUCGGAUGCAUUAAUGCAAUAACUGAUCGCCUCUGCAGAUGCGCUGAUUUGAAGAGCCUGUGUUUUGUGAGACGCUGUUUAUUCGGACCCGGGUCGCAUUAUGUCUGUCAGUGUUACACAGGCUUGGGUCCGACCCCAUUGUGUUAUUAACAGCGUCGGUCGAGUUUUAAAACCAGGUUUGCAUUGUCAGGUUUGUUUCUUCAGCGCUACGUGUCCGGGGAGAGGAGAGGAGGAAAGCUGGGAGGUGGGACAGAAAGAAAGAUAGGGAAUAAUAGAGAGAGAGAUAUCCUUUCUUAAAAUGGACAUCAACAGCUCUGCCUUUCCAGCUGGUGCUAAAAACACGCACAGCGACCUGGGAACACGAACUAAACAAAAGAUUCCUGGGAGCUCCAUGGAAUUCUACUUCUCGGAAUGCUGUGACCGGAAUGCCGCCACGGAAUCAGACUUCAGCGAGUUCAGCGAUCCCGACAGUCAGCCCAUCGACCUUUCCACGAAGAAGAGGAGCCCAAAACUGGGCAGCGCUGCACACCCCUCUGCACCCCAGGCAGCCCCAACGAGGGGCCCCCUGUGCCUCAGACUGACUCUGGAAAAACGUGAAGGCAUCAGCGCGGCACCUCCUGCUGUGCAGGAGGAGGUACUGCAGGCUAGGAGCAAGAAAAUCGACUCAUUGAUUUUAAACAACUCAUCUGGCAGCUGCGCAGAUAACAGCAACGGCUUGAGAAUCGUGAAACUGUACAAAGCCGAGAGGAAAGAUGUGGGAGUGGAAAGGGAUAACCAAAGUCUGUGUGUCGCACGCUGGCUCAAAACUGAAGACCAGGAGGUUGAAAUCUCGGAGGGUCUGGGUGGUAAAGGUGGCAUGGCGGAUUGCAUUAAGAGAGAGAGGGAGGAGGAGGGAGAAGGAGAGGGGCAGGCUGGGAGGAGCCCCUCCUCCGACUCAGACGCUUCCUGCGAAUCAGGAACGAGGGGGCCGGGAGGGGGCGGGGGUGUGCUGCUGAUCGACGACAAAGGCAUCCCGUACACAGUCACGCUGGCGGGAGAGCGCGUCUCUGAUUCUGAAGUGCCGGACCACACCUCGAACUCCGUGAAACUAACUAAGCACGCUGCCAGAACGCCGCUGAUCCGUGGGAAAUCCACCGCGAAGCGGGAGGGCUUGGAAAUCCCAACCGACAGCGAGACCGGCAGAGCCCCCGAACUCCCCGGGACCCCGAUAACCGAACCUUCGACCCCACCAGUGAAACAGGAACAGGCUCCCGUCUCUCAGACAGCGACGGGCAGGACACAGACCCCGGAGCCUCUGAUCCCCCCCAGGCGCAUACUCUACUGUGAGGUCUGCUUCCGAGCCUUCUUUUACCUGUCCGAUCUGGAGCGGCACAGCAUCACGCACUCGGAGAGCAAGCCGCACGCCUGCACGCAGUGCGGGAAGCGCUUCAAACGAUCGAGCCACCUGGAGCGGCACAAGCACAUCCACACGGGCCAGCGCAACUUCGCCUGCGCGGUGUGCGGGAAGCGGUUCCGCGAGGCUGGGGAGCUGCUGCGGCACCAGCGGGUCCACACCGGGGAGAAGCCGUACCAGUGCGAGGGCUGCAGGAUGAGAUUCGCAGAGCGCAACACGCUGCGCAGGCACACGAAGCGCAAGCACGCCCGCGAGGGGCUGUACAUGCAGGGGGCAGGGACCCCGGACAAUAAGGACUGGUACUCCAGCUCUGGGCUGGGGGAGGAAGAGGGGGAGGAGGAGGGGGAGGUGGGCUCUUGAGAGAGCAAGGAGCUUUUAAAAUUUUUAAAAUGUUGAUUUGACGACAGUAUGCCCCCUUCUUUGAUGGAUUUGUAAUAAGUUAUUUUGUACAGCCGACACUGUCUCUUCUAUCAGUUAGUAUGUCCAGUUGACCCUAGGGAUGCUGGGAGCUGCAGUUCUUUGUAUUGUGGCAGUUCAGAUAGCUGCAGUAUAAAGAUAUAUGGGUACACAUACACUAGAAAUGCUGCUUGAGACCGAAUCAGAAUAAAAACCACAGCUCCCAGCAUGCCCCAGCACUAUCAGUAAGAGUGAGGGAUGCUGGGAGGUGUAGUUCUUGAUGCUGUGACAGUAUAAUAUGAUGAUUGAGUUUACACUUUCCCCCUCAUAGACCCCAGUGUUAGAUGUUAAAGCCAGGCUGCCCUGUAGCCAAGUUUCAAGAGCAAGGCUACAGGAAAGAGCUGCAGACAAUAAGCAGCAGAUAUUAUACCUCCCCAUUGAAACCUAUUAGCAGCAAGUACACUUUGCUCAGAGUGUAGAUCUCACACUCACAAUGUCAUGACAAGCAUUCAAAACGCUUAAACCACAACAGGAUUCAGUGCAUAGAGAUAGUACUUGAAAGCUACAAGUUCUGUAUAAACAGAUUAAGUUUUUUUAAACGGAUUUAGAUUUAAUGGCAUAUAAUUAGGGCUGUAUUUUUUUCACUGUAAAAAAAGUCUAAAAAUAGGUAUUUCAAGUUUUAAAAAAUAGCGUUGUCACAUUUCAAAAAUUCAUAAUUUUCUUUAGAGUUAAUAUAUGACAGACGUUCCUAAAUGUUUAAAUGCUCACCUGAAAAACAGUAAAUGCUAAAUUGUAGAAUAUUUAGUUUAUGUCCACCUUUUAAAGAUGGUGUUCACCAUCAGUGAAUAAAAACAUAAAUAAAUGUAAAUAUAACAACAGACACGUGAAUUGUUCCACACUUACACCGGACAGAGCGAUCUUUUGCAGAAAUAUUUCCGAUCUUUGGUGCAGCUGGUGUCUUUCUCGUUGAAGUCAUUUUAAAGAAGUCGUGCUGCUCUGUGCAGUGCAUGUUCAGUCAUUUACCAGAAGCAAAUUAAACCGGCUGCCAGGUUCCUAAAUGCAGCGUAACAGGCAGUGCGUUAAUAAAGAGAACGUUUGCUGUAUUUAUUUUUAAGUGAUAAAACAUAUGCCUGUUUACACUGUUCUUUCAGAAAUGGGUAGUUUCACAAGGAACUACAUAUUACACAGCAAUGAUAACCCUGAGAAAGAUAAACCUCACUUCUGAUAUGUUUCAAAGUGUUGGGCGUGGCAUUCUCUUGUACUCUUUGUAUGACAGACCCUCCCUGACACAGCAAAGAGUGCACGAGAAUGAAACACUCUCUCAACACUCACAAACAUAUUAUAAGAGACACCCGACACACCACAGAUUAGCUGAUAUAAAACGGAGGUACAGGGAGAGAGGAGAGGGAGGGUCUGUCAUGCAAGAGAAUGAAACACACUCUGUACGUGACUAGAAGGAGACACCCAACACUACAAUACUGGGGCAUGUUGUCAGCUCGAAUUCUUUAGACAUAAAAGUUUCAUUUUUGGAUUUUAAAAAGCCCUGAUUGGCAGUUCACACAGUUUCCAGUGAUUGAUUAUCCCUACCCAGGGUUUCAAAAUCCAUUCUCUUACUAGCUUAUUAGCUUUAUGAGCAUUAUCACUGCGCCUCCCUUUAAAGGAGGGCUCACCAUGUAGUUGCCUGCUGUGUAAUUUGCGUAACACAGGCUGGAUCAGCCAAAGUGUCUUUACAUGAGUGCAGAUCCGGAGCACUGCCAGCAAAGCAAGGGAACACCCUGAGGGGCAGUCCACUAGAUGGCGCUGGCUCUCUCUUAUAUAGAGAUCUACCUGCUGUGCUGCAUGGCCCUGGCAGCAGCUCCUGAACUCACAGGUAAAGCAGCACAGACUACAAAUAACGUAAAUAAACACAGCGUUUGAGUGGUUGCAGUGUAAAGAAGCACUCGGAAUGAUUGCAAACAUCAUCAAACAGGGGUGAUAUAAAAAGUAUUGAAACGGCCAUUUGCAGCUGUAAGUACAGUUUCGUUCAGUGGAGCGUCAAUUAUCCAGACUAACUGCAACCGAUGUCAGUUCAGAUGUUCACAUUGAUUGGUUAAUCAAAUCAUAUAUUUAAUAAAACAAUUUCUAAUCUUGCAGCACAUGUGUAGCAAAUCCCCCUGGAUUACUCUACAGUGCCAUGCAAUCUGAAUAUAUGCACUGCUGUACUAAUUUAGAGCACAUGGGCACUGUAGAUCUGAGCAACACUGAACAAAAUGAACACAAGUGACCCAAAUGAGCAUUCUGAUGACUGAACAGCUGGGAUGAUUGGUUCUCCACAGUAUUGUACAGAAUCGUUCCAAUGAUUGGCUCUCCACAGUAUUGUACAGAGUCGUUCUGAUGAUUGGCUCUCCACUGUAUUGUACAGAGUCGUUCUGAUGAUUGGCUCUCCACAGUGUUGUACAGAGUCGUUCUGAUGAUUGGCUCUCCACUGUAUUGUACAGAGUCGUUCUGAUGAUUGGCUCUCCACAGUAUUGUACAGAGUCGUUCUGAUGAUUGGCUCUCCACUGUAUUGUACAGAGUCGUUCUGAUGAUUGGCUCUCCACUGUAUUGUACAGAGUCGUUCUGAUGAUUGGCUCUCCACAGUAUUGUACAGAGUCGUUCUGAUGAUUGGCUCUCCACUGUAUUGUACAGAGUCGUUCUGAUGAUUGGCUCUCCACUGUAUUGUCGUUACCCUCCCUCCUUCCUCCCCAACGCAGUAUAACUGAAGACUGACUUUUAUAAGACUUCUAAGAACAUUUUGUUCAUGUAUAUUUUUGUUUGUUCUGCUAAAACAACACACACGGGCCUGGCCUCUGCAUUAGGACCUGCCUGCCUGUCUGAUCGGGUUUGGUGUUGUCCUGGUGUGGUUCAUCUUCUUUUGCUAUACCAUGGGUCCCUCUAUUACGCUGAAGGGGUGAACGAACACUAAGCAUCGCUGCGGACCCCCAACAAUGCUGAACCCCGACUUUCAAGAUGAUAACGCCCCUGUCCGCCGUGCCAGGAUUGUGAUCGGUUUGAGGAGCGCGACAGAGAGACUUCAGGCAUCUUCCACGGCCACCACAAUGAUCUCGACCCGUCUGAACGACUCGUCAUCACGACCCCCUGCCUGCCUCUGUGUGCUCAGGAUUAAUGAGGGAGCGGAUCCACAGAGACACCUUCCAACACCUUGUGGAGUCGAGGUCACAUCAAGGCUGAGAUCAAACAGUGACCGAUAGCAGGGACAGGUGCUAACGAAGUGACUGGGCUGUUUAUUAUACAAAUAUGAAAGAAAAAAAGAACAAAAGACUCACUGGAGUGCCGAGACCAAACUCUAAAGAUGGACAAAUAUAGAAAAUUAAUAAAAUGGUGCCAUUGUCAUGUUUUAAAAAUGAUAUGCUGUAACAAAUCAUGGCUACAUUAAAACAAACUGAGAUGCAAUUGUACUUGAGUAGAUAUGAAUUUAAAAAAGUGUUAAAAAAUCCAUCAUUUAAACACUACACUGCUAACCAAGGUUUCUAAAUCCAUUCCCUAACCUCUUAAUAGUUGUAUUAACAUUAUCACUGGUUCCUUUCUUUAAAGGGGCGCUGACCAAUUUUAAAAUCCACUCUCUUACCUCUCAUUAGCUUUAUUAACAUGAUCGCUGGCCCCCUUCAAAGGAGUGCUGACCGUCUUUUAAAAAAACAUCUAUUAUUAUUAUAGACGACAUGAAUUUCAGCACCAUUUAGCAUUUCAAAAUUGGAAUUUAUUAAAUAGUAUCUUAAUACGAAACUGGCUCCAUUUUGGCUCUGGAGCAGAGUCGCCGUUUAGCCAAAGGAAUGCAAUUUCGUUAUAAUAGCGUGAGCCGCACACACACGGAUUCAAUAACGUGUCUGCCGACACUAAGAUAGUCCAACCCCUCGCAUGCCCGCGCCUUUAAGGUGGUCCUAACAAAACAUGUCGGAGACUGUGUCAGACAAAGCCUGUCCAAAAUCCGGAUGGGGAUGCAGACCCAGCCGAACCGGCACCGAGCCAAACUGAACCGAACCAGAAGCGUUCGUGAAAGGU